UUCAACCUCUGUAGUCAGCAGAACGAGUGGCUGAGCAGAGCAAACCAGCAUCCACGAUCACAGCAUCCUGCAGAUGACUCUACUCCAUGAAGGAGAAGAAGAGGAAAAAAGAACAGGUGUCAGAGAAAAAAAGGUAGACCCACAGAUGAAGAGAGACUGAGAGGGGAAGAGAAGCACAUAAGGAGGAAGAGUGGGAAAUUAAAGGAACUGAGAAGACAGUACUGCUUGCCUGAGGAUCACUGCAGCUGUACUAAAUCUGGGGCUGUCAGGCCAACCCUCAGCAGAGCAGUGAGUGAGAGCAGAGGAGAAAAAGAAGUUAUUGGAAAAGAUGAUCUCAUCACUUUGGACAAGCAGGGAUGGGAAACCCAAGAGCCUCUUCAUCAGCAGAUCAGACUUCACACAGGAAAAGUGCCUUCGGAUUACCACUGUGAACUUGUCUCUUCACAGGAGUUAAGACAAAGGCAAAACAAGAGUCGUCCUGUUAGUUUCCAAAAGGUGAAACCUCACACAGGAUCUUUGACUUCUGUGCUGCCGAGUACAGCUCCGCUCUCUGCCGUCCUCUUCCCAAGUCCCUCCUGAAUCCUCCCUCGCGCUUGCCUGCUCCUGGUGAAUGUCUUCUCUGCAUACACUCUCACUGCUCGGCAGUUGAACACACUCAUGGUCGAUGCCAAGGGGAGGAACAUGAAAUGUCUGACUUUCUUCUUAAUGCUUCCCGAGUCAGUGAAAAGCAAGUCAAGUAAAAGCUCCAAGAAAGGGAAUGCCAGUGGCAGCUCCAAGCUGCCCCCGGUUUGUUAUGAGAUAAUCACUCUGAGGGGCAAGAAGAAGAAGAAGAUGGCAGCAGACAUUUUUUCCACCAAAAAGCCAGCAUCUAGCACUCCAGUGCAACAGUACCAGCAGCAGAACCUCAACAACAACAACACCAUACAGAACUGUAACUGGCAGGGACUCUACUCCACUAUAAGAGAAAGAAAUUCAGUCAUGUUCAACAAUGAGUUGAUGGCAGAUGUUCACUUUGUGGUAGGUCAGACUGGAAGGACCCAGCGGCUGCCGGGACACAGAUAUGUUUUGGCUGUGGGCAGCUCAGUUUUCCACGCCAUGUUUUAUGGUGAACUGGCUGAGAACCAAGAUGAAAUCCAUAUUCCAGAUGUGGAACCAGCAGCAUUUCUGGCCAUGCUGAAGUAUAUUUACUGUGAUGAGAUUGACCUGAGUGCCGACACCGUACUGGCCACUCUUUAUGCUGCUAAGAAGUACAUUGUCCCUCACCUGGCACGUGCCUGUGUCAACUUCCUGGAGACGAGCCUGAGUGCCAAGAAUGCCUGUGUGUUACUUUCCCAGAGCUGCCUCUUUGAGGAGCCAGAGCUGACGCAGCGCUGCUGGGAGGUGAUUGAUGCCCAGGCUGAGCUAGCGUUACGCUCAGAAGGCUUCUGUGACAUCGAUGCCCAGACACUGGAGAGUAUCCUACAGCGAGAGACACUCAACGCCAAAGAGAUAGUGGUCUUUGAGGCGGCACUCAGUUGGGCUGAGGCUGAGUGUCAGAGACAGGAGCUCACCUCUUCGACUGACAACAAGCGUAAGGUUUUGGGCAAGGCCAUGUACUUGAUACGCAUCCCUACAAUGGCUCUGGAUGAUUUUGCCAAUGGGGCAGCCCAGUCAGGUGUGCUAACGCUUAAUGAGACCAAUGACAUCUUCUUGUGGUACACAGCAGCCAAGAAGCCUGAGCUGCAGUUUGUCAGCCAGCCCAGGAAGGGCCUGACACCUCAGCGCUGCCACAGAUUCCAAUCCUGUGCCUACCGAAGCAAUCAGUGGCGUUACAGGGGUCGCUGUGACAGUAUACAGUUUGCAGUGGAUAAAAGAGUUUUCAUUGCUGGGUUUGGACUAUACGGCUCUAGCUGUGGCUCAGCAGAGUACAGUGCCAAGAUUGAGUUGAAACGUCAAGGAGUGCUGCUAGGACAAAACCUCAGCAAGUACUUUUCUGAUGGUUCCAGCAACACCUUCCCGGUGUGGUUUGAGUAUCCGGUCCAGAUCGAGCCUGAUACCUUCUACACUGCCAGUGUGGUUCUUGAUGGAAAUGAGCUCAGCUACUUUGGACAGGAAGGGAUGACAGAGGUGCAGUGUGGGAAAGUGACAUUUCAGUUCCAGUGCUCCUCAGACAGCACUAACGGCACAGGGGUGCAAGGGGGACAGAUUCCUGAACUCAUUUUCUACGCUUGACAACCCCUAUGCACACAUUCAAGCAACUUUCAGCACACUUAAAAAAAAAUUUAAAAAUAAUCACUUUGUGCAUAGUGUCACUUUCUGUUAUUUAUUUUUGUCACAGCUGUGCAGAAAUGAUCUCAGACCUGUGGAAGAUUUUUGGUUUUGAUUUUAGUAAAUGGUCCUUUUGAGUAGGACCAGGCAGGUUUCAAGUGUUGGACUGUCCAAAUCUGUGGAUGAAAAAAAGUUCUAAAACAUAAAAAAAUGCAAUAGGCCUGCUUGUAUAUAUGAAUAAAUGUAAAUUCACAAAUGUAUAUGAUGCCACAAUUGUGGCCAAGACUGGCCACCAAGAUAUAUGAUGAAUAUGCUACAAUAUGUUUAUUAUUUCUACGUUUGCAUAGAAUGCACAUACAGUAUAUAGCAGCAAUACUUCACAUUGUAAAAUGAGAAUUUCUGUCAAGACUCAGUGAAAAAGGAAAUGAAAAGGCUGUAUGAUACUCAGAACAACAUUUUAAGCAAUGGUUACGGUCAACAACAUCAUUCAUCCAACUGUAGUGUGUAAGACCCAUCAGGGAUUUGUAUUUGAGUGGCUUCAAUUGAAUCUUCAGCUUUUUGAGCCUUUAAAUGUAAUAAUGGGGCACCUGGAGAGGGCUUGAGGGAUCUUAGAAUAGGGAGCACGAGAUAUAAUGAGACACGUAACCCCUAUAAUAUCUCCCUGUAGCAUGUUGCUUUGCACCUACUCUCAUCUCAGCCACUUUAGUGAGGUUUCAUUUAGAUCAGUGUCAUUAUGUUUACAGUGAAAAUGGACUUAAAGUGAUCGCCCUUCACCACUCCAUAGUAGAUGAGAGAUUUCUAUGGUUUGGAAUCUCUCUGUACUACAGUACUUAGAGCAAGGACAGAAGAGUUCCAUGUCAUUUAACAUGUGCUAAUAAUUGUUCUGGUGCCAUGGUUUUGUUUACAAGAAAAAAGAUUAAUGACUGAUUCAGUGUUAGAAGCUGCUUAUCUUAUGGACUCUUACUGCUCUUUGUUUAACCUUGUGCCCUCUGACCUGCUGAGCACUCCCUCCCAGUGUGAUCAUUCCAUAUCAGUAUUUGCAGAUUCAUUUAUGCUACAAAACUGCACUGAUGUUGGUUUGUAAUUGAUUUUGUGAUUUUGUUUAACAGUACUGUUCUUUUUAAUGAAGAUUUUUUUUUUAGAUUUUCUGUGCUACUGAAUAUUUUUCCCGGUGUAGGAUAAACAUCCACAGGCUUGUCCGCUGACGACAAUGGAUGGGCAAACUGGUGUUGUCCUGUGUGUAUGUGCUACGGCGCUGGGAGACCAAUGAAUGUGUAUGAUUCUUGGUGAU